UUUUGGGGUCCUCGCCGCCCUUCCACGUCUCCCGGAAAACGAGCCGGGCCGCGGCAGUUUGCGGACGGUGUUCCCUCGGCCUGGGCCCUCUCUCGGCCAGUUGCUGAGGGAGGGGCGGCCCAGGACGACGACAAGGCCGCGGUGCGGCGGCUCCCGAGUCCUCAGGUUCACCAAUAGGAUUAUUCUGCUAUCAUCAUGUCUUGGUUUGCUGAUCUUGCUGGAAAGGCAGAAGAUCUUUUAAACCGAGUUGAUCAAGGGGCUGCAACUGCUCUCAGUAGAAAAGAGAACACGAGCAACAUCAUAUACAGCAAAAAUACUGACUAUCCUGACCUUCACCAGCAAAAUGCAGAUUUGACGUAUCAGACUGGACCUAGAGCUACUUAUAUUUCCUCAGCAGCUGACAACAUUAGAAAUCAAAAGGCCACCAUCUUAGCUGGCACUGCAAAUGUGACACUAGGAUCCAGGACGUCAGUGGAGGCCUCCCACCCUGUUGAAAACGCAUCAGUCCCUAGGCCUUCGUCCCAGUUUGUUCGAAGGAAAAAGUCAGAACCUGAUGAUGAGCUGCUGUUUGAUUUUCUUAAUAGUUCACAGAAGGAACCUGCCGGGAGGGUGGAAAUCAAAAAAGAAAGGGGCAAGACGCCUGUCCUUCAGAGUUCUCGGACAGCUAGUGUCAGUUCUGUGAACACCAGCGUAACCACCGUCAAAACCGUCGAAGAAAAUCCUUCUGGGAGCCAAAGCCAUGAAACCUCUAAUAAUACAGAUUCUGGCCAUGAAGUCCAAGAGGAUUCUUCGAAGGAAAAUGUAUUGUCAGAUGCUGCCUGCGCUGAUCACAACCCAGCUCCUACUGAUGACGGCAAAUCACAUGAACUGUCUAAUCUUCGACUGGAGAAUCAACUGCUGAGGAAUGAAGUUCAGUCUUUAAAUCAGGAAAUGGCCUCACUACUUCAAAGAUCCAAGGAAACUCAAGAAGAAUUAAACAAAGCAAGAGCAAGAGUUGAAAAGUGGAAUGUUGACCAUUCAAAGAGUGAUCGAAUAAGUCGGGAACUUCGAGCCCAGGUAGAUGACCUGACCGAAGCGGUGGCUGCGAAGGAUUCCCAGCUGGCCAUACUGAAAGUGAGGCUGCAAGAAGCUGACCAGCUCCUGAGCGCUCGCACGGAAGCAUUAGAAACCUUACAGAGUGAAAAAUCACGAAUAAUGCAGGAUCACAGCGAAGGUAGCAGCCUACAGAAUCAAGCGCUGCAGACUCUUCAGGAGAGACUGCAUGAAGCUGACGCCGCCCUGAAGAGAGAGCAGGAGAGCUAUAAACAGAUGCAGAGUGAGUUUGCUGCACGUCUUAAUAAAAUGGAAGUGGAACGUCAGAAUUUGGCAGAAGCAGUUACUCUGGCAGAGAGAAAAUACUCAGAUGAGAAGAAGAGAGUUGAUGAGAUGCAGCAGCAAGUCAAGAUGUAUAAGUCCAACUUGGAGUCCUCUAAGCAGGAAUUAAUUGACUACAAGCAGAAAGCUACUAGAAUCCUCCAGUCUAAAGAAAAAUUGAUCAACAGCUUAAAGGAAGGAUCUGGUUUUGAAGGCCUCGAUAGCAGUGCUGCUAACAGCAUGGAGCUGGAGGAACUUCGGCAUGAAAAGGAGCUGCAGCGGGAGGAAAUACAGAAGCUGAUGGGCCAGAUACAUCAGCUGAGAUCUGAACUACAGGAUAUGGAGGCUCAGCAGGUUAGUGAAGCAGAAUCAGCAAGAGAACAGUUACAAGAUCUGCAAGACCAAAUAGCCCAGCAGAAGGCGUCUAAACAAGAACUAGAGGCAGAGCUGGAUCGACAGAAGCAGGAAUUCCACUACAUGGAAGAAGAUCUGUAUCGAACAAAGAACACACUGCAAAGCAGAAUUAAAGAUCGAGAAGAAGAAAUUCAGAAACUCAGGAAUCAGCUUACCAAUAAAACUUUAAGCAAUAGCAGUCAGUCCGAGUUAGAAAAUCGACUGCAUCAGCUGACAGAGACUCUGAUCCAGAAGCAGACCAUGCUGGAGAGUCUCAGCACGGAGAAGAACUCGCUGGUCUUCCAGCUGGAGCGCCUGGAGCAGCAGAUGCACUCCGCGGCCGGCAGUGGUAGUAAUGGGCCUUCCAUUAACAUGUCUGGAGUUGACAACGGCGAAGUUACUGUUCUAGGCAUUGGAGAUGCAGUGGUCAUCAAAAGAGACCAGAAUCUCUGCCCUGUGGAUCAUGCCUUGUGGUGUUGCCGGGGGUACAGGUGGAGGAGACAGGCACGCGUCUGCGAAAUGUUCCUGUGCUUUUUAAUGACACAGAAACUAAUCUGGCAGGAAUGUAUGGAAAAGUCCGCAAAGCUGCCAGUUCAAUUGACCAAUUUAGCAUCCGUCUGGGAAUUUUUCUCCGAAGAUACCCCAUAGCACGCGUUUUUGUAAUUAUAUAUAUGGCUUUGCUUCACCUCUGGGUCAUGAUCGUUCUGUUGACCUAUUCGCCAGAAAUGCACCAUGACCAACCAGAUGGCCAGUGAACUGACCCAGUGUUUCAUGAUUGGUUGUCUUUGUCCAGACUUGGGAUCUGUAAGAGGGCCGCCUGCCUAAAAUUCCUGAGGAGGGUGCACAAGAUUAUUUUAUCACUAUAAGCUUUUAACCUUUUAAGUUAUUAUGCAAGUGCUCUGCUACAUAAAUCUUCCUCUGAUUUCCGUCAGAUGGUGAGAGUUUCUGAAACAGACGGUAAUUUAGCAACGUCAGCUCUGCUUUUCCUGAGGUCAGUGGUUCAGUGUGUGCACACAGUGAUGCUGGGGUCGCUCACCUCUGUACAGACCGUCCUGUAUUUUAGGUGACACUCAUUAUGGGUUAUAAUCAGGGAAACUAAUUGUAUUUAGUGAUAUAAAUAAAAUGUUUUCUUUUUGAUAA